AUGAUGGGACUUACCCAGAUCCUCGGUGUGCAUGGGAUGGAAGGUCUCCGGAGGGUGAGAAGACUGGAUGAGUCUUGCUUGGCUGCCGGUGCUGCCUGCAGACAGGGUAGACGUGGUGCUGCAAAAGGUCGGGGGGUUUUGGUUCGGCCACCCACUGAGGAGAACAGGCACAGAGUACUGCAGUCUAUUGCAGUCUUUGUAAACAACCACUACAACUCUUCCAUAAUUUCAUUUGGGCAAGGCCCAAGUCUUGAAUAUAUAUGGUUGAAGGUGCAUCUUCUAAAACAAAAAAUUGCUAUUGGUAUAUUCUAUCGGCCCCCACAUAGCUCUGUUACAGAAGCCGGUAAUACCUUUGAUAACAUGUUGCCUGCCAUAUUAGCUGAAUAUGAUGAUAUCAUUCUUGAAGGGGAUAUCAAUGUUAAUUUGCUUUUAGUUUGUAACAACUUGACUAAAUGCCUUGAUUCUUAUAAUCUGGAACAGGAAAGCUGA